AAAUAUGAGGUAAUAUGUAGAAGAUCGUCGAAACGUUUAAUUCAGAUCGGUAAAAAAUCUGAAAGGACCAAGCCAGCUGUGUGGCUCGAUGGCGGCAAUCCAUGCUCGGAAUGGCCUGCAUUCCACGUUGCCGUCUACUUUAUCGAACAGCUGGUGCAAAGGUACAAAAUAGAUGAUAAGAUCACUGGAUAUGUCGAAUCUCUGGACAUCUACAUUUUCCCCGUGCUGAACCCGGACGGUUUCGUGUUUUCCUCGGACAUCAACGAAAUCAAUAAUCCGUCAAUGGAGAAAGAACCGUGCCCCCUCGAAUUGUUCGGGGUCUACAGGCUUCGCGAAAGACGUCUGUUAUUUUCUCAACUUAACUACCCAUUCAACAAUCCAUGUUCAGACGAGUUUCAAGGACCAUUUCCUUUCAGUGAACCUGAGUCAAGAGCCGUCCGUGACUUCGUCCUAUCCAAGGAAGUCUACGGACGGCUACAUGCCCUUGUCUCCAUGCACACACAUGGUCAACUGUGGAUUCUACCAUAUAACCACCACAAACGAACCUAUCCGGAAGACUUCAAAGAACUCGAGAGCCUUGCCGCGAGAGCUGCCGAAGAAAGUCUACUCGUAUCGAGAGACCAAGUACAGAAUAGGUACAGCCGCGGAUAUGCUCGGUGA